GGAGGACCGUGUGGCGCCGUGGACCCGCUGAAUUCUGUUUUUGUUCGAGGGCGACAACUUCAAAUCUCAAGUCUCCCGACGGAGUGAAGGAUGGGGUCAUCUGUUGCCCCGCCUGCCCUGCUGCUUGUCCUGGGCUUCACCACUGGUGUUUGGAGUCUGAACCCGGAUGACCCCAAUGUCUGCAGCCACUGGGAGAGCUAUGCUGUGACUGUGCAGGAAUCCUAUGCUCACCCAUUUGACCAGAUCUAUUACACCAGAUGCACGGACAUCCUCAACUGGUUUAAAUGCACAAGGCACAGGAUCAGCUAUAAGACGGCUUACCGGCGGGGAGUGAGGACCAUGUAUAGGCGCCGCUCACAGUGUUGUCCUGGUUACUUUGAGAGUGGAGACUUGUGUGUUCCUCUGUGCACAGAGGAGUGUGUCCAUGGUCGCUGUGUGUCUCCUGAUACAUGCCAGUGUGAGCCUGGAUGGGGCGGGCUGGACUGCUCGAGUGGUUGUGAGAGCGACUACUGGGGACCUCAUUGCAGUAAUCGGUGCCAGUGCCAAAAUGGGGCUAAGUGUAACCCCAUCACAGGUGCCUGUGUCUGCACUGAUGGGUACCAGGGAUGGCGUUGUGAGGAGCUCUGCGAGUACGGUUACUAUGGCAAGGCAUGCCAGCUACCCUGCCAGUGUCUCAAUGGUGCCACCUGCAAUCAUGAGACAGGAGAGUGCAUCUGUGCACCGGGGUACACAGGGGCUUUCUGUGGAGAGCGCUGCCCCUCCGGUAGUCACGGGCCUCAGUGUGAGCAGCGCUGCCCCUGUCAGAAUGGAGGAACAUGCCACCACAUCACUGGAGAUUGCUCCUGCCCUGCCGGGUGGACGGGUUCAGUUUGUGCCCAGCCCUGUCCUCUGGGCAAGUACGGCAUUAACUGCAGCAAAGACUGCUCCUGUCGUAAUGGCGGACUGUGCGACCACAUCACGGGGCAGUGCCAGUGCGCAGCUGGCUUCAGUGGACGCAGGUGUCAGGAUGACUGUCCUGUCGGCACCUUUGGUCCGCAGUGUAACCAGAGGUGCGAGUGUCAGAAUGGAGCCAAGUGUCACCAUAUCAAUGGAGCCUGUCUGUGUGAAACAGGGUUUAAAGGACCUAAUUGCCAAGAGAGAUUCUGUCCCCCAGGCCUCUACGGCCUCAUCUGUGACAAAUACUGCCCCUGUAAUAUCACCAACACUUUGAGCUGCCACCCACUUUCUGGUGAGUGCAGCUGCUCUGCGGGAUGGACAGGGCUUUACUGUAAUGAGACCUGCCCGCCUGGAUACUAUGGAGAUGGAUGCAUUCUGCCUUGCAGCUGCACCAAUGGAGCUGACUGCCACCCUGUUACAGGUGCCUGUAUAUGUGCCCCUGGGUUCAUGGGUGAGGACUGUGCCACAGUGUGUCCUCCUGGUCUAUAUGGACCAAGCUGCAUGUCCACCUGCUCCUGCCAUAAUCAUGCAUCCUGCUCUCCUGUCGAUGGCUCCUGCAUCUGCAGAGAAGGAUGGCAGGGAGUGGACUGCUCCAUCCUCUGUUCUAGUGGUACAUGGGGUCUGGGCUGUAAUCAAACAUGCUUAUGUGGCAAUGGAGCUGCAUGUGACCCUAUGGAUGGCAUCUGCACAUGUUCUCCAGGGUGGAGGGGUGAGCACUGCGACAAGUCCUGUCCUGAUGGCACCUAUGGGUUGGAGUGUCGCGAGCGCUGUGACUGUACCCAUGCUAAUGGCUGUGACCCAGUGAGUGGCUACUGCCGCUGUUACCCUGGCUGGACAGGAAUCCACUGUGAUAAUGUGUGCCCACAAGGCUUCUGGGGACCCAACUGUUCAGUCAGCUGCUCCUGUCAGAACGGAGGAUCCUGCUCUCCAGAGGACGGCACAUGUGUGUGUGCACCUGGAUACAGAGGGACCUCCUGCAAAAGAAUCUGUUCUCCUGGCUUCUACGGGCACCGCUGCAGCCAGUCGUGCCCACAGUGUGUCCACAGCACCGGGCCCUGCCAUCAUAUCACGGGCCACUGUGAGUGCCUGUCCGGCUUCUCUGGCUCUCUAUGCAACCAAGUGUGUCCAAGCGGCAGGUAUGGGAGGGCCUGCGCUGAAAUCUGCCUCUGCACCAACAACGGCACCUGCAACCCUAUCGAUGGCUCCUGCCAAUGCUUUCCUGGCUGGAUAGGAGAGGAUUGCUCUCACGCCUGUCCCUCUGGGCACUGGGGCCCUGAUUGCCUCAACUCGUGUAACUGUCACAACGGCGCCCAGUGCAGUGCCUACGAUGGGGAGUGCAGGUGCAGCCCUGGCUGGAACGGACUCUACUGCACACAGCGCUGUCCUUCAGGGUUCUACGGCAGGGAUUGCUCUGAAGUGUGUCGCUGCCAAAACGGUGCAGACUGUGACCACAUCACCGGCCAGUGUGCUUGCCGAACAGGCUUCAUUGGGGCGAGCUGUGAGCAGAAGUGUCUUGCUGGCACAUUUGGAUACGGUUGCCAGCAGCUGUGUGAGUGCCUGAACAAUGCUACCUGUGACUAUGUGACUGGAACAUGCUACUGCAGCCCUGGAUAUAAAGGCAUCCGUUGUGAUCAAGCAGCUCUGAUGAUGGAGGAGCUGAACCCGUACACCAAGAUUAGCCCAGCACGAGGCUCGGAGCGCCAGUCGGCAGGGGCUGUCAUGGGCAUCAUCUUUCUCCUCCUCAUCAUCAUGGCCAUGCUCAGUCUGUUUGUGUGGUACAGACAGAGGCAGAGGGACAAAGGCCAUGAGAUCCAGCCCAGUGUGUCCUACACGCAGGCAAUGCACAUCACCAACACUGACUACUCCCUUUCUGAUUGUGGCAGUACUGUAGCAAUGAGGACCAGUGCUGCAGAGGUCAAUCAAAGCCAGAGCAGCAGCAGCAGUGGCCAGUGCUUCUCCAACCCCAGUUACCACACUGUGGCCCAAUGUAAUGUUGUCUCAACCAUUUCCAGCAAACUGGAUGGCACCCUGACCCUCAAAUCAAACACCCUAAAGAGCAGAAAUGGCUCAGAGUGGAGAGCCUACUGCAACCUCAAUGACCUAGAUGUUCAACAGGGGGAGACACAGACACAGAUAGGGUCGAGAAAAGAUUACAUCAAGGGCUCCAUGUGCAGCAACAGCUCCUGCUCCCUGAAUAGUGAGAAUCCCUAUGCCACCAUUAGAGACCCACCAGGGCUGGCUUGCAAGCAUACAGAGAGCAGCUAUGUGGAGAUGAAGUCCCCCUCCCACCGUGAAGUGCCCUUUGGAGGCACUGCCACCCUCCUGGGCAGUGCAAGCAGGAAUGUCUAUGAUGUUGAGCCAACGGUGAGCGUCCUGCAGGGACCCAAUGGAAUGGCCACCGGCUUCUCCCAGAGCCCCUAUGACCUUCCCCGCAGCAGCCACAUCCCCAGCCACUAUGACAUACUGCCCAUGCGUCACAGCCCCACACACACACCCCCUCCACCCCCAGAAAGCCCCAGCUCCCUGCUCUAGAGGGUACACCUUCCGCCUGGCCCUGACAGCAUGCCAGCAUCCGGGCAACAUUCGGCCAACUUUCAACCAACAGCAGUCCCUCUCUCUCUGUGUUUGUUUGAUUUAGAUACUGAGAUGUUGAGAUGAAGGGAGAGCCACAGCUCCUCUGGAAACUGCUCUCUUUGGCUCCCUCACUCACAAUCUUUCUGUGGCCCUGAAGGAGGGAGGGGAGGAAAGAGUGUCCCACACACCAGCGAACCAUACGUCCAUUUUAUUUUCUUAUAGGACUGAUCACUCAAACUGCUGCCCGGCCUCUUUAUAGACUUCCUCACGUGGAACCUAAUGGUUCUAAACAGCGCUGAGAGAGGCAUACAUGGAUUGUUUGGACAGAUUAUUUACAGGGAGAGAGCUAUACUCACGCUCAUUUUUAGCCCAUGGUAUAGGUUUACUAUUCAGUGGCAGCCGAGUGAUUAUAAUAUCCCCAAAAGAGAAGUGAUUUCCUCCACAGGAAGGAAAGUGUUGUAACCUUGACCAUGUCAGAGCAGGCAAAGAUUUAUUACGUAGAGACACCAGAGUUUAUGGUUCGUCACUGUGUGCAGCAGCUGCAGAUCACAGUGCAGCUGACAUGAAGGGAUUAUGAUCAUCUACUCUGAAGUAAGGAUAUGUUCAGUCGUAUAGUAGAGAACGCUCUGUUCUACAUGUUAAACAUGGCAACCUAGCUAAGAGUGAAUCAAGUCUGAUAAAGCAUGGAUAAAUAGCAAAAUAUUGUAUUGGUCCUUCAUUCAUUCUUAAUCAGUAAUGAUUACAGAGUUAAUACUAAUGUGAUCUCUGUCUGUAACUUGAGCGCUUCUUUUAAGUUACAGUGUCAAUGAGGCCCAGUGUAUCUGGAGAUGUAUUCAGGUCACCAGUGUUUACGCACUUUUUGCAUUACUGGGUUACACACAUACAGUAGGUCUAAAGUCUGGAUUUUUCCCCACACUGAUGAAGUGAUCAGAUCUUGUGUUGUUUUCUUUGUGAAAGCAUUUUUCUUGCAAAUGUCUUAGUUUACAUUUUUGAAAUAUUGGGUGUUAAGAAGGGAUUGCUUUGACCUUUUAUGUUUUGUAUUCAUAAAGCUAAUUGUUUAUUUAUUAAUUUAUAUUAGUGAUGGUGAAUCUUUAUCAAUGUGACACUAGAAUUAAAAAAAAAAAAAAAAGAUGAGCAUGAUCAGAUAAUGGAAUCCCACUGAUGUAGAUAACACAUAAUUUAUCUUCUUGUGAGAUGAUCAGUGUCAUUUUGUGAACCGUUUUUGAAGUUACUUAAAAUGUUCUUUCUCUCUCGCUCUGUCAGAUUGUAAAUUUAAAAUAAGGUUUCAUCUGGCCAAUUCUAGACCCACAAAUACCCUGCGCAGUAUUUGCGAAGGGAACCAUGUGUAAAAAGUCCAUUUAAAAAAAAAAAGUUUUAUGUUUGUAUCAGGCUAAUUAACUUAUUUAUUGAACUGAAUUUAUUGAUUCACUAUGUGAAUUCCAUUUCACCCCUGUAGAAGCAAUAACAUGUUGACAAUCGAUGCCCAGACAGCAUUUCAUUAGUGCUGGACAUUAUCUCUGACCAUCUUUGACCAGUGUGGUGACAGUGGAUAAUAUUUUACGUGACUGUUUUUGCUCUGCGGAAGGUUUUUCCACUUGCUGUCAUAUUAAUGCUGCUUGUUGUUUUGGUACAUAAAUUUCAAAUUAAAAGCCUAU